AUGGAAAACCACGACAAAGACUACAAAGAUGAUGAUACCGCUUCAAUAUCAUCCGAAAUUUCUGAUCACCCAUAUAAUAGACCUGAAGAACGGCCAAAAUCCAAGACAAAGAUACCACGACCUCCAAAAUCAGAGAGUAUUGAGGAGAUGAAGAACACUGCUGGUACGGACAUGUCAAAGCUCAACCAGACAGAGCUAAGUAAGAUGAUUGGUAUCAAAUGGCGUAGUGAGAAUAUACAAGUCAAACAUAUCUAUCAGGAAAAAGCGAACGAAGCUAGGCGGGAACAUAUGCUAAAGUAUCCUAAAUACAAGUUCAGACCAAAUCGUAAGCAUGACAGAAUCGCAAAAAUUGGUACGAGAACUACUCAAAUUACCAAGACAGCCCAGAAGACUCAGAAGAAUCAUAAAAAUUUGAAAACCAAGACUCCACUGAAACAACUCUGUAGCAGUGAUGGUGAAGGUGAAGGUGAUGAUGACGACUAUGAUUACAAAUGUAGUCAACGAGCUGAACGUCAGUUACGUCGUAAUGUAAAAGUACGUGGUGAAAGACGCAAACGAUGCAAACAAGAGGAAGAAGUUCGAACGGUCGACAUAAUGCGUAAAUCCCACCAUCACAAGGGCAGCGAUGAUCGCUAUAUUCGGCCUGGAUCACCCCUGCUCUCUCUUCCCGAUCCAACCUUCACGUUACCAAUGGAAGUUGAGAAUGACAUGACCAACAUCUCAACAAACUUAGUUCACGAUUCAGAUCUAGGUAUUUAUGAUAGUAACGCUUUGGUAAAUCAAAGUGAUAACAGAAUAUCGUUUGACGAUUUCGCAUACGACCCUGAAGUAAUGUUUGCACCGGAAACUGCUACCAAUCUUGCAAAUGAAUGGGCCAACAAUAAUUACGUAUUGGGUACUGAUGUUGGAGUUGAUAAUGUUAUAGGGGUUGAUAACUACCACUAUAUCAAUGACAUAUUUGGUAACAUCCCAACAACCAAUGACAUAGCACCACUACCACCACCACCGUCUGCUUUCAAAUAUAUGAAUGAUAUGAUGGACAUCUCAUCAGUGGAUCUUGGGACUAUUUACCAAGAUGAUAGAGUUGGCAUAAGCUCCAGUUGUAGCUCUAGCAGCACUGUAUCAACUACGAGUACUACUCAUAGCUUAGAUUCUUAUGAUAAUUGUCUACCAGACUUCCUCAAUGUUGAUAUCACUGAAGGUCUGAAUGACACUCACAUUGGUGAAAGAGCUCGAUCAUUGAUUGCAGAUUACUACCUCUACGAGGAGCGAGAAGAGCAGCAACAACAGUUGCAAUUCCAACAAGAGCAUCAAGACAUUCCAACACAACAAGACAUUUUCAAAACAUUUCAACGGCAAUUGGCAGAAACUCGUACUAGAGUUAGUCAGAAUAUGACAUAA